UUGAAACAUCAAUGGAGAAUAGAUGAGUAGUGUGCACUCCCACUUUCCAAGUCCCUCGCCGGAGGGGCGUGGAUAUUGUUCACCUAAUGUCAGAAUAUCUUUAUAGUGAAAAUUAAUACGAAGUAACUUCUUUAUAAGAAAUCUGCAUUUUCAUGUGGAUUCAGAACCUGGGUCUCUGCCAAAAAUGCAAUCUUUAGACAAGUCCAACGUUGAUUUGGAAGCAGGCGGCGGGGACGGCCGCCGUUCCUCCGGCGAGGAAUUGUGUAAGAGUGAGAUUAUCGCUGUGCCGGAAAAGAGGAGGAGAUCAUCGGUGUCAGAAUACCUGGAUGUGGAUCUGGAGACAGAGGGGCAAGAAAAUGAGGUACAUUUGGAGAAUUCCGAGAGGGAUUGCAGGAUAUGCCAUUUGGGAUUGGAUGCUGAUGACCCUGAUUCUGGGCUACCCAUUGAACUGGGCUGUUCAUGCAAAGAUGAUUUGGCUGUUGCUCACAAACACUGUGCUGAGGCUUGGUUCAAGAUUAGAGGAAACAAGACUUGUGAGAUUUGUGGAUCAAUAGCACAAAGCGUGGUUGUGAUACACGAUGCCGAGCACGGUCAGGAUCCGGAUCCUGAGCUGCAAGAGCAGUCAAGCGAUGCAAGUACAACAACUGUGACCGUGGAAAUGCCAGCAUCCGCAACAAGGUCCCGGAACUUCUGGCAAGGUCAUAGGUUCCUUAACCUCUUGCUAGGUUGUAUGGUGUUUGCCUUUGUCAUCUCCUGGCUCUUUCACUUCAAUGUACCUUCAUGAUAACAUCUCCUUGAUGAAAAUGAA